CCUGGCACUCGGACUCGGAGGCGGCCGCCGGGCACCGGCGCGGAGCGAGCCCGGGCGGAGCGCGGCACCCAGCGGCCGCUGAGGCCGGGCCGGCGAGCAGUAGCAACGGCCGCGGCGGUGCCCUGAGGGAGCCUCUCCGUGCCCGGUUCCGCGGUACCGGUGACCUUCCUGGGGCUGCUAGCCGGCCGCCAGGCCGGGGCAGGGCCUCCUCUCCCCGCGGAGAGUGUGCACCAGGCCCCGGGGAGAGGACCGGAGGCCGGGCCGGAAUCCCCCGUCGCCCUCUUCCCCCCCCUCCCCGUACCGGCUCCUUCUGGCCGCCGGCGGGGCCUGCUCGCCGCCGGGGAGAGGGGCGGGGGAAGGCGAGCGGGACGAACGGCCGGCCGGGGACCGGGCUGCACCUCAGGGCAGCGCGAAGCAGGGAGCAGGCAGGCCCCGGAGAGGGAGAGCUGGGCGGAGGAGGAGGCAGCAGCCACCUCAGCGGCGCAUCCCGGGAAGAGUGGGGACCUCCCCGCCGCCCUCCUCCUCCUCCCACCGUCAGCAGCUCCUCGUCCCGCGGAGAGUGGAGCCGCCGGUGCCGCCCCGGCUGGGACCCGCCGGCUGACACCUCCGGAGCGCCGGGCUGCGGGGACGGAGCUGGAGCUGGCCGCCUGGAGCGAAGGAAGGGGGAAGGACCGCUUGCCUACGCGGAGAGGCGGGCGCCGAGCGCCCGUCCCGGCGGCCCGGGAGCCCCCCCCCCCCCGGGGAAGGUGUCCUGUGACGGCCCUUGAUCAGCAAGGCUGCAAGUCAUGUAGAAGCCGCAGUAACUGCAGAGUGUCUGAUGGAUAAUUGGAUUGGGAGUAAUAUGUGGGAGGCUGUGGACUAUUUGCUUCCGACAUAGGAACAGCACUGGGUUGGGAAUCUGCACUCCUGAGAGAAUGCUGGGAAUCUGCCGAGGGCGACGGAAAUUCCUGGCUGCCUCUCUGACCGUCCUUUUUGUACCCGCCAUUACAUGGAUUUAUCUGUUUGCUGGGAGUUUUGAAGAUGGGAAGCCCGUGUCGCUGUCUCCACUUGAAUCCCAGCCCCACAGUCCUCGGUACACGGCGUCGAGCCAGCGGGAGCGCGAGAGCUUGGAAGUCCGCAUGCGGGAGGUGGAGGAGGAGAACCGCGUGCUUCGCAAGCAGCUCAGCCUGGCACAGAGUCGCAGCCCCUCGCACCACCGCGGCAAUCACUCCAAAACCUACUCCAUGGAAGAGGGGACAGGCGACAGCGAGAGCCUGCGGGCUGGCAUUGUGGCGGGGAACAGCUCCGAGUGUGGGCAGCAGCCAGCAGUGGAAAAAUGUGAGACCAUCCACGUUGCCAUUGUUUGUGCAGGGUACAAUGCCAGUCGGGAUGUUGUCACACUUGUCAAGUCUGUCUUAUUUCACAGGCGAAACCCACUCCACUUCCACCUCAUCGCAGAUGCAAUUGCCAAACAGAUCCUGGCAACUCUGUUCCAGACAUGGAUGGUCCCUGCUGUGCGCAUAGACUUCUAUGAUGCAGAUGAGCUCAAGUCGGAAGUGUCUUGGAUCCCCAACAAACACUACUCUGGGAUUUACGGGCUGAUGAAGUUGGUUCUGACUAAGACUCUACCUUCCAAUCUUGAGCGAGUCAUUGUCCUCGACACAGACAUAACAUUUGCCACUGACAUUGCUGAGCUAUGGGCCGUCUUUCACAAGUUCAAAGGGCAGCAGGUUCUUGGCUUGGUGGAGAACCAGAGUGAUUGGUAUUUGGGCAACCUUUGGAAGAAUCACCGGCCCUGGCCAGCGCUUGGGAGGGGCUACAACACAGGGGUUAUCUUGCUGCUUCUCGAUAAGUUACGGAAGAUGAAAUGGGAGCAGAUGUGGAGACUCACAGCAGAGCGGGAGUUAAUGAGCAUGCUAUCCACUUCACUGGCUGACCAGGAUAUCUUCAAUGCAGUCAUCAAACAAAAUCCCUUCCUUGUCUACCAGCUCCCAUGUUUCUGGAAUGUGCAGCUGUCUGAUCACACCCGUUCCGAGCAGUGCUACAGAGAUGUGUCUGACCUGAAGGUGAUUCACUGGAACUCACCAAAGAAGCUGCGAGUGAAAAACAAGCACGUGGAGUUUUUCCGCAAUCUCUACCUGACAUUCCUGGAAUAUGAUGGGAAUUUGCUGAGACGGGAACUCUUUGGCUGCCCCAGUGAGGCAGACAUUAACAGUGAAAAUCUCCAGAAACAGCUGUCUGAGCUGGAUGAGGAUGACUUAUGCUAUGAAUUUCGUCGAGAACGUUUCACUGUCCAUCGCACUCAUUUGUAUUUUCUACAUUACGAAUACGAGCCUGCUUCAGACAAUACCGAUGUAACUCUGGUGGCUCAACUUUCAAUGGACAGGCUCCAGAUGCUUGAAGCCAUCUGCAAACACUGGGAAGGUCCAAUCAGCCUGGCACUCUAUCUUUCUGAUGCAGAAGCCCAGCAAUUUCUGCGCUACGCCCAGGGCUCGGAAGUACUUAUGAGCCGCCACAAUGUCGGCUACCAUAUCGUGUACAAGGAGGGCCAGUUCUAUCCUGUGAAUCUGCUAAGGAAUGUGGCCAUGAAGCAUAUCAGCACACCAUACAUGUUUCUGUCCGACAUUGACUUCUUGCCCAUGUAUGGACUCUACGAGUACCUCAGGAAGUCCGUCAUCCAGCUGGACCUGGCUAACACCAAGAAAGCUCUGAUCGUACCUGCUUUUGAGACCCUACGCUACCGCCUUUCCUUCCCCAAGUCAAAAGCAGAGCUGCUAUCUAUGUUGGACAUGGGAACCCUCUUCACAUUCAGGUAUCACGUCUGGACGAAAGGGCAUGCGCCAACGAACUUUGCCAAGUGGCGAACAGCCACCACCCCCUACCGCGUUGAGUGGGAAGCAGACUUUGAGCCAUACGUUGUUGUGAGGAAGGACUGCCCGGAGUAUGACAGGCGGUUUGUUGGAUUUGGCUGGAACAAAGUAGCUCACAUCAUGGAACUGGAUGCACAGGAGUACGAGUUCACGGUGCUGCCCAACGCCUACAUGAUCCACAUGCCGCACGCCCCCAGCUUCGACAUCACCAAGUUUCGCUCCAACAAGCAAUACCGCAUCUGUCUCAAGACCCUGAAGGAGGAGUUCCAGCAGGAUAUGUCGCGCCACUACGGCUUUGCAGCCCUCAAAUAUCUCACGGCAGAGAACAACAGCUAGCACAACGGAGCCCGUGUGCGGGAAACAGGGACGCUGGAGGGAGGAGUCGCUCAACGUUUGGGGCCCGGUCUUCAAACUUCGAACUGAGAAAUACUUUCUGUUUUUAUACCAUACUCGGCAGUUCUAACCGUAGAAAUUUGAAGUGACAUGUCUUCGGACUGUGCUCAUUCGUCCCUUCCCCGACUACCCCAGGCCUUUCAGCUUUAGCAUUCGUGAGGUGUCAGCAAGAGGGGCUGGCCACGAGCCCGCCGUGCCGCCGGAGGUGGGGACUGGGCAGGGGCUGGGAAUGCACUCUGCUCUCUUAACUGCAGAGCAAAGACAGACCUUCAGAAUAUAGGAUUUCACGUUGCUAUUUAAUAAUUUGACAUGCUUUUUAUCUGUAAAGGAAGAUCUUCGGGUCACUGUCCUGUGAAUUUCAAAUCUGCACUACUCUAAAAGGGAACUUUCACCUGUGAACUUUCACAGGGGCCCUGUUAACAUGGAUGACCUUGUUAAUGCAGGAUGAGCCAAAGGUCUGAAUUAGCCUUGAAAACGAAGGGGAUGCUUAUACAAUACUACGCUCCAGAGAAGGUGUGUUACUGGUUUAGGUGUAUACAUGAUACCGGUUGGUCUUUUAUUCUGAAAUUAGUUGUUUUAUCAGGAAAAUCCCCUAUGCCCCACCCUGCCUUUUCCCCAGUCCUAAAUGCUGCUCCUUUCCUUGCCAAGGAAAUGUCUCCCUCAUGUUUCUUUCCCAUCUUCAGUUCUGGUGGUCCAGUAAAGAAGAUCAGUAGCUCUGCUGGAAAGUGAACAAAAUCUGUCAGUGUAAGGUCUGUUUUCACCAGAGCAACUUGUUCAUGUGUGUCUCGUAAAAUAAAGGGCCUGGCUGUAACUCUUUACCUUUUUUAGGCAGGAAUUGGAUUUUGCCUAUAAGGCACGUUGUGUGGGGGGAUAUUGAUUUGUAGGCUCAUUUCGGUGCAUGCCCAUCCGUGAAGGCAUUGGGCCUUGGGCUUUAAGUGGACUUCUUUGCUGAACAGGGAAUAUAAACAUGGCAACUAGCAGCCUUGGUGCUCUCCUGCUGCCUGCUGCAAGGUCUCAGAACUACUUCGUUAAAGGAGUUUAUAAUUAAAAGGAGCAGAACUGUUAGGAAUAAACUCCCCAUUCGAGGGGGAGAAAAGAAUGUGUUGGGAAUCUGAGUGUGAGUGUUUGCUUGAACGUGGGCUGGUCAAGUUCACAACUUCGGUACACACAGGAGUAUGCUGGAGGGCGGACAGGAAACCUAACAAGCAAAAUGCAGAAAACAAGACACUGGACUUUUUACCGUUUUCUUUAUUCUUCAGUAUUAAUGUUGUGUUUACAUGGGAUGAAGAGAUGAGGUUUAAUGCACUACCCCUUGCAGGGCUAUUUGUAAUUUCUGUUGCAAUGUUAAUAGAGAAAGCAGAAACAACUCAGUGAGAAAUGCGUCUGUCUCCCUGCCCCAGAUCCCCAUACAACCACACGUACCAAUACCACUGCCUGAGUUGGGAAAUGGAUCCACAUUCUGUUCUGCUCACUUCUUUUCCGUUUUGUUUUUCAGCCACUGGACCUUCUACUUUCCUCCCCACCUCAUCCCUCUAGAGCUUGGUUUUAUUUCUAACCUGACAUUUCGUGAGAGCUUUCUGUUACGGUGGAAACCACGCGGUUAAACCAGACAUUUAAACUACAAAUAUCAGUUCAUCAUGCUGUGUAUAUAUAAGAAAAGCCAAAAAAGGCAACAUCUUUGACAAGAAAUAAAAAGGGGCGGGAGGCUAUGUGUAAUUUUCACUUGUUCCCCUGGGAGUGUUGGCUGCGUAAGAAUACAUCACCGCAUAAUUUUCCAAAGUACUUUUCUUCUGUUCUUAAUGGCUUUAUGUAAAGAUUUACAUAAAAAGCUGGGAAGAGCUGGGAAGAAGUGAAAUAAGUGCUCAGUCCUGGCUAAGAUACAUUCUUUUAAAAAACCCAAAAUCUUAACUCCCCAAGUCCUGUAUUACUCACCAUUAAGGGCCCAGGUCACUCUGCAUACUGAGAAUGAGAAGAACCCUGCAGCACAGAGUCCUGUUGAUUAGCUAAUGUGCAGAAAGAUACCAAAAGCUGACCCUAAGAGAGGCUACCACUGGUUGCACCUACAUAAAAUCUCCAGUCAGAGCUUCAGUGUGGCCACCAUUAUGUUUCAUAUAUAUUACAAACUUUAUUUCCAGAUGUACAUUUCUCCUUGGCUUAACAAUGUUGCCCAAGGACGGACUGGAUUGCCCUGCAGCAGCGUAACCUGUAGCACGGACCUGUACAUUGUUUGGAUGUGCCAUUAUCCACAUGAACGUGAUUCUGUCCUCGGUGGUCAUGAGAUGCGGAUGGGGGAGCAGGGAGGUAAUUGUUGGCUACUUGCCUGUCUGUACAGCGAGUCGUGGGACCUCCUGGGUAGGCUUAGGUGUGCUGGCUGGUGUAACCAGCUCAAAGAUUGGUAGUAGGUUCAAAGAGCCCCUUUUUUUUCCCUUAUAGACACUGUACCGACUUGUAUCUGUCAUGUCAUGUUUGUCUAUGAUGUGCUUCAUAAUUUGGGAGGUGUAGGGCUUGGGUUUUUUUAACACAUUUCAGCCAAUUUACAUGAUAGCAAAUUAGGAUUACAUAUCUGUCUGUAACUGCCAGGGCUCCUCCAACACCGUGAAAAAACCAACAACAACAAAAAUCCCCAACUCAGUUGUAACACUGACUGUCUUCCAGUCCUCUGCUGUAGUAGGUAUUUGCUGGCAACUUUGUUACUUAAUUCUCAGUUUUCUCCUGAAAUCUUCAAGAAAUAUCAGAUAAACCUGGUGACUUAAUGCCUUUGAUUUAUUGAUUUGUUCCACCAAUUUCUCUCUUGAGUCUUCAGUCUAUGACCUCUCCUUAUCUUUGAUAUUUGGAAAGUGUGAGUCUCUCAUUUAGGUAUCACGCCAGCACCCUCUCUAGUGAAGACUGAUGCAAAUAAAUCAUUUAGAUUCUUGGCAAUGUCCUUACUGUCUUUAAUUGUUUCUUCUACUUAUUGUUUGGGGUGGCCUACCGGUUAUCUCCGGUUUUCUGCUUUUGGGAUACUGAGCAAAUGUGUAUUUUCAGUUUUAACUUCCUACCCUUUUUUGCUCUUCAGAUUCCCUCUUAGCUUGCUCAAACUCCAUCUUAGCUAUUACAUACCUUCCUUUUGGCUUUACAAAGUUUUGAUUUCUAUUCUCUGAAGGGUUCCUAUUUGGCCUGAAUCACUUCUAAAAUUUCCAAGUUAGUCAUACCAGCAUUUCCUUGUCCUUGUCUGCCAUUUAUCUAAAGGGAUAUCGUGCUCCAUAGCUAUUUAUAAGCCCUUUCCAUUUUUAAUCUCAGGAUUUCAGGUUUUUCUUUUCUUUUUAUUUAGGGCCACUGAUUCUUUAAGGGGGGGGUGUUUUUAAAUUUUUAUAUCAAAUAUCAGCCUACUAGGUUUUGAGGGUUUCUGUUUUCCUCUUUAAACCUUCCUGAAUGCUAACCUUUUCCUAGUCAAGGGAUCAGAAAUAAAAUGUUACAAAAUUCUUUUGUUCUUCUAAUUUGGGCUCUUAUCUUGACACAUUUUGUUCUGUGUCUCCCUUUUCCCCCUCCACUCCAAAACAUUGACAAAACAUAUGAGUCACUGCAAACUUUUCAGUCCCAGAGCCUGAACUGUGUGUUUCCCAGCACCUUCUGACAUCCCACCACAUUUCAGACAUAAUUAUUAUUCCAAAUAAUAAUCUGCUGGCUGGCACCCAAUCCUCCUAUUUUUGUUUUCAUGCUUCUCCCUUUGAUAUAACAGGCUUUGCAAGUUUAAGUUUUGGGCAAAGCACUUGCCUUUAUUUAAUGCCUUAUUGUAACCUUCUAAUACGUUUCCAUGAUUUCUCUCUGCUGUCACAGUAUACACCUCGAAAUGUUUGGCUGUAGUUUCCAUGCUAUUGUUUUCUGGCUAAGGGUCAUCUACUAUUUGCCUACCUGGCAGACCUAGAAAAUGUCUUUGUUUAUCCCAGGUAGUCCUUAGUAUCUAUCAGAUUUUUCCCCAAGUCCUACUUUUAGUAAUUCCUUCCAGCCUUGCUAGUUUCCUAUGUGAGCAAUCUGGUUCCACUUCAUAAUUUGCGAUUUUUUUCUAUUUGUAAUCAUUAUCUUGGACUCCGUGACAUAAAGGAAUCAGCAGCUGUACCUGCAGUUCCAUCGCUUUUGUUAGACUGAAUAUCACAUAUGCUCACAUUAUUCCUAAUGUACUGAUUUUUUACCUGGUAGGCUUCAUGUGGUUUGUAUGUAAAUCAUAAACUGCAUUUUCCUUUUACUGCAACAAGCGGAGGCACUUUGUAGUGUUAUUUGCAGUAGCUGUUGCAGCAGAGGAAGCCCUGUGUUAGAGGGGAAAGCACAAAAACCUUGUCAGAAUUGUAGCUACUGUUUCUCUCUGCAGGGGAAAAUAAGGCCCUAGCACAGCUGAACAGUAUUAUAAAUGCCCUGCACAAAACACAUUGCGCAUUAUUUUGUGGUAGGUAUAAUCGUACAUCGUCCAAUUAAAUAUGAAAAAUACAUUUUUAAUGUUCUCAUUUUUACAUGCAGUUCUAUCCAGAAGGUAAUGCAUUCCCUUCUGUAUCUUGCCAGUUUCCCCCAUUACUCCAGCCUGCCUAAUAGCCCCAUCUGGUUUUGGCUGAGAAAGAUUAAUGACCAGCAGCACUGGGAGUCCUGGCAAAUCAGCAGAGAUAUUACUCUUAGGCAUUGCACAGGACAUUCCUUCCUAUUCUGCCAGAUACUGCACGGGUGUUCUUCAGGUUUCAGUGCAGCAACAGGAGAACACAGCAAGCUCAGCAAGUGGGGUGAGCAUCAUUAUUUAUGAAUUUCAACAAGGUCUAAUACAUUAGAUGGUGAGAGUGCUAAAAAAAGAAUCAAUCAUUGUUAGCUCAAAAAAUAUUUCAAUUUUAGGAAAAGAAAGCGGCUAAGUUUCUGCAGCUCCAGUGAGUGAGACUGGAACAAAGAAGUCACUAGUAGACAAUGACAGCCAAUAACCUAGUAUUUCCACUGCAGUAUUAAGAAUGCAGAGGCACUGAUAGUGAAAUGAAGUCAUUUUUACAUGUAUUUUCAUUCAUGUAUUUUACAUGAAUUACAGUAGUAAUGCAUGAUGUAUAUUUAGACGGUGUGUUUACAUCCAAACACUUAGGUGAAUUGGGGAUCGUUUGAAGAUUGUUACUUUGGUUCACAAUAUAAAAUUAAGUUUUGAAAAGCUUCUGGCUGUGCACAGCAAAUUAUGGCUCAGGAAAUGCUUACGAACUUGGAUUUAGAAAUACUUUGCUUUUAUAGGAAUUUGUUUUCAUCAGUAGUUACACAUCCCCAAAACAAGACACAAAGUCCUUGAAAAUUUCAAAAGGAACUAUGUGCGUGUCAGUUGGCCGGAACAUUUUCCUCUUACGACUACUUGGGGUUUGGGGUCUGUUUACUCUGCAGAGUAGAAUUGUUAUGAUCAGUUGAAAAAAUAAUCCAGGAAUUAGAAAGCCAGCCAAAUACUUAUUUGUGUGAUGGAUCAUAUGAAUGUAUUUGUCCAGACAUGUUAAUGGGUACUGCUAUGGAAGUCUUAGCUCAUUGAGGGUGUCAGGAUGCAAAAGAUCUGAAACCCGGGCUAAGAGCUUAGUAUCUGUUCCGUCAUUCUGUGCUGUAGUUUCCCCUCACAGGAUAACAGCUUCCUGUCUCCCAGCUAAUUACUGCUUCUGUAGGGUUAAAAUGUCCUAAACCUCUGCAACAUGGAUUCAUGGGAAGUCACUGUGCAGGUGGCAAAGGCUGCAUUUGAGCUCCAUGGUCCAUUGCCAUGAGAUACAAGAUUUCAAUCGGAAAGAAAUAGUUUUGACCUGGGGGUAAUUCUCCGAUCAGGCACGUAGACACCACUCUCACCAAAUAUAUUCAAGAGGUCCCCAAAUACAUGAGGCCAAGUAAUUCAAGCCAAGCUAAGCCUGUUCCUCAGUAUUAUGGUAACAUAAUUCUCAGACAAUGGAUGUGCGAGUUUUCAACGUUAACCAUUAUAUCACAAGACUCCUGCUAAGGCUACAAAAUGAGUCAUGUGAAAGUUAGAGGAUCUGAAAUUUCAAGUCGCUGGUGGAGCUGGUGAUUUGCUCAUACAACUUCUUUUGUCCCCCAGCACAUACGUAGUAGGACAUAGUCUCUACACAAUCAUUUGCUGGGUUUUUUUAGAGGACUCUUCUUUCAUUCUAUGCACAGGGUGGAUGGUACUCAGGGAAUGAAGCAGCUGGGUGAUACUUCUUUUUACUUUUGCUCUCAUUGAGCUUUUCAUAAUACGAUAGCUGCCUUGAUUCUGAGCAAAGCCAGACUUUUUUUUUUCUUUUUUUCCAAAGGAUAGGUUUAAACUGUGAUUUAGGAAAAUCAAUUAUCCCCCACGCUCUCAGGCUUUCUGAGCAGAACGCCUGCAGUUCUGUUCUACAGGCUUUUCUUGUGUGGAGGGAUCCUACGGAGCUGUUCGAAAUUACACACUCGGAGGCCUUGUAGCACUCACCCCCAACCUAUGAAUGCUAACAGCUGAACAUGCAAGAGUGAUGAAUCCCAGCUCUGUCCAGGCAUGUCUGUUCCAUCUCUGGGAGCACUCUAAAGGCUAUCGGCAGUCUGUCAGGUAAGCAGUGAAAAGACAGAGUAAAUAAUUGAGGGGGAGGGACACGAGGGUUUGGUUUAAGUAGCCAAAUUUCCAGAGGAAUGAGGAAGGUAAAAUCAUUCUGAGGUCCCUCAGGUGAUCUGUUCGUAGGAUCCGUGGGUUGGACUAAGCUCUUUCUGGAUUUGUGGCAUUUCUUAUCCAACACUGGCCGACGUGGCCCACCUGUAGUAAAUUCUGUGGGUUGUAAAAUUCAUGAAAGUCAGCACUGAGAUUAAACCAUUAUCAGCUCAAAGGUGUUUAAUUUUGUUCAGUUCCUUGGAUUCCCACAUUGCUCCUUUGGUGCUCAUAAGAAGAAAAAAAAAAAAAAAAAAAAGAUAGUAGCAGCUUGAUGACAGUAGGAGUCUGACUACCCAGCCUUUUUUAAAUUGUCAGCCCUGAGGUCAAUGGUUGGGGCAAAGCUGGAGUUGGCGAGGUACGUAGAAUUUCUUCUUUUGAUCUACCUGUGGAUCUGUUGUUCCAGCGGUGCUCUCCAGCGAUGCUAUAAGGACAGGAAAAGCUAUCCAAUGCUGAUUGAUCCAUGAACUCCUCAUCCAGUCGGAACUAACAACCAGCAGCAGGAAGGAAGCCACACCGCUGUCUGCUUUGAGUUUUUUUAGAUGGCAAUAGUGAGUUCAGUACAAAACCUAUUAUUCUGAUGAUAGACUUUGCUGAGCUUUUCUGCAUUUUAUAUGUAUACUCGCUGUGAGUGACAGAGGCCCCUUGGGGUUAGGAAGAGAUGGGACUCAGCAGUUUGCUGGUUCAGAAUGAGAACAAGAGAUACGUGUAUUUUCCCUCGACACCUUGCCCCGUGUUUACUAAUUGUAUGAGCACCAAUUAAUCUAGCUGGCCUGAGGCUCGGUGUUCAGGCUGGGCAGUAAGCUUCUGCUGUCUGUGUUGAUAAGAGAGCGGACAGAUAAACGAAAUGAUGCUUUCUGUCCGUAACAUCCAUAAAUAUUGCCAUACGGGUUCAAAUGGCUCAUGGAGAGUUUACAUCUUUUACUUUUCACUGUCAGGGUUUAUUCAAAGAACAGCAAAGGCAAUCCAAAAAAAAAAAAAGCAAUGGGUUCUGUAAGGACCCACAAGGAUUAACAUUCAUGGAGAUUCAUCAAUGCAAUGUAUCCACCAAGUUAACCUGCCAGCUUUUGUCAUAAGCACCGCAAAUACAGGCAUGGUCAUCUUCUUUCUGAUUACACUUCGUAGAGCAAAACAAGUGUAUGUAAUAAAAACAACUCUGAAUCAGAUCACACAUGUUUUAUAAUUUUUGUUGCUUUCGUUUCCAUAUUCAGAUGUGAAAUUAACAGUUGGCAAAACUUUAUUUUCUUAAGCUGAUACAGCUUUCUUCUGCAUCAAUCAGACUUGCAAACAUUACAGCAUUGUCUGGGGUGAAGAAUAGUACUGAGGGGUCAUCGAGAUGUCUGCAACACCACUUUGGUGCAGAGAGAGCGUUUCCUGUAGCCUGGGGGAUUUUUCUUUCCUCUGUGCUAUCACAGGUUUUAUUUCUAUCUUAGCAGUGUCUCUUCCAGUAAGUAUGAAAGACUACUGGCUUGUGCUAGACCACUGCGUGAGUUCAUUGCUAAAGCAGUGUUUCUGGCACGGCACCUGGCCCUCCACACAAAUUUGUUCUGCGGGGGGGCCAGUUCCAAUUGUAAUCUUCAAGCCUAUACCUGAGAGAAAAUUCAGCAAUUUGAAGCUGUAAGAAUGGGAUCACUAUGCUUUGUUUUAUUCUUAGCAUAUCCAUAGCGUUCAAACUUUUCUAUCCACUACACCCCUGUAUCUUCCAGAAAAAUACUGUUUUGAAAGGAAGAGAGUCAUUGCAAGUAAUCCAAGGGGGCUGAAAUCAGCACCAUUUACUCAUGAGUAACCUACUCAAGCCAUAAGUUUUAGCACAAGUUUCUACAAUUUACAAAUUAUCUACUAUUUCUGUAGGGCUCAAUUUCAGGAUCCUUCUUCAGCCAGCCCAUUCUCAGGUUUUCCACUUUUUCUCCACAUUCCCAAUCUGCCGCACCCCUAAAUCCAUGUUCAUACUAGCCUUAGGUAGGUGUUGGCAGGUAUUUUAAAGACAGUAUAGACAGUUUCCACAGUGCUGGGGUCUGGUUGUAACUAUUACAUAGAAAAGGACAUCUCUCCAUUGCUGACUCCUUUAAACCAGCAAGAACUCAUUUCAAAAAAAAAGAGAAAAACAAAUACUUGGGCUGCUGGGCGAGAGGAGAGGGAGAGACUUAGGCCUUCAAUACCGUCAAUGCCAAAACACGAUCGUUGCUUAGGACCUGACACAUUACUACAAGUUGGUAGCCAUGCAUAAGAUGACAAUGGUGGUUAUGUGUGGCUCGGGAAGAAACAAUGACUUUAGAAGACUUGACAUAGAUCCUUUGGUCCGAGGCCAUAGGUUUCGCUUUUCCUAUGCAUUUGAAUUGCCUUUCACAAAGCCAUGUCCCAGUAGCAUGGUUCCCAAUGGACAAGCACUAACUAGCAUAACGAGUCUAUAAACAUUCCCUUUCCUUCCAAACUCGCUGUAGAUCAUGUUGGCAUCACUUUCUCUGUUUCUCCACCCUACAGCAGAGGGUCCAAUACCUGAAGAAAGGUAGCACCAAAGCGAUCUAAACACCAAAUGUACCUUGCAAUGCCAGAAUCCCUAGGUUUUUAGGUGCCCAGCUGGAAGCAGUCGGGCCCAGCUUCAGCCCGUGCAACUUGGUGGCUGUCUGAGACCCACGGUGUUGGAGCUGGUCCCCUCAGUUUCCUUUGAUAGUCAAGGGAGCGAGCCGGACUUCUGCAGAGGGCAUUUCUGUUCAUCACCCUUUGCUCUCUGACUUAGCAGAAAAGGUUGCGGUGCUGAUGGUCCCCACGCAGGUGCCUCAGGUGUACAUCUGCCCAAAGUAACGUGGGACAAAUCUGAGCCAGUGAGCAUCGGUUUUAGAGCUACCACCUACUCCUUUAAGAUUGCAGGUGUCAAAAUCCCCGGGAAGCUAAGCAGUAAGUGCUACAAGGCCGUAUACUCAAUAUUAGCUGACAAACUUGAAAACAACAAUCUAUAUGAUGGAAAAAGUGUGGGUGGAUCAGCCAUGGGAGGGAGUGAUUUGUGGACUCCAGAGACUGUGAUACACGUUGUGACAGACAGCUUAUGCUAACAGCCCAGAAAGCACUCGUUUUCAGCACAAAGCUGUGGGCUUCAUAAUGGUAGUUAAAAUAUUACCCCUGGCAUUGCUGGUCAAGUUGUGCAACGUUCGUUGCACUGUAUUAUCACUGUGCAGCUCUGCCGAGAGCAGGGGCAGCAUUUGCAAUGUGUCAGCCAGCACUUUUCCAAAAGUGCAGGUAAGAAAUCUGUGAGAAAGAAGGGAAAAAAAAAAAAAAACCCACAACAGCCUUUCACGUCUGUUUCUUCUUAAGACUCAAACCUCGCUCCUUUUCUGUCAUGACCGAGGUGAUUCUACAUUCUCCAGGGGAAAAUUGGGAUGUCGUGACUUUUUGGGUGAGCCAUGCAUGAAACAAGGCUUGUAAUUAUCUUGCAAGGCUUGUGGCACUGGAGGGGUUUGAAUCUUCAACUCACCACCCUGUCAGUACAUUACCUGACUGGCUGGCCUUCUGCUUGAACUAAUACUGAACUCUUUUGUUUCUCUCUCCAUGUUGGGGAAAGUUUCUUAAGUAACAUUUCAGGAAAGAAAAAAGAAAAAUCUGUCUUCUUUCCUUCUGCUGCCCCAUCUCCCAAGCGCGUCCCCCUCCAGGGUUAGACUGAGGCAACGUGCGUUUAACACAAACCACUUAGUUUACAUGUAUGCUUCAGUCCAUGUGUAAGUUUUCUAGGUGACACUUUUAUGGGGGAAAAUGCUGUUUAGAUUGUGUGUGCAAAAUAAAUGGCUUGUAAAUAUUUAAAAAAAAAAAAGGUUAAUUUUCAGUUGUGCAAUAAAAUUGUGAAAUAAUCCUCUCAA